AUGGCCUCACCACCUGUGACACGACGGCGGGUACAGCUGCAGGAGAGGAAGAAGGAGACAGUGAAGGAGUUCCAAGACAGCAAGUCCUCUCGCGCGGCCGCCUUCUUCGGCAAUGCCACGGCCGUCUACGGCGCUGCCGCCGCGCUCCGGAUCGUCCUCCUCGUCUACGGCCUCUGGCAGGACGCCAACUCGCCCGUCAAGUACACAGACAUUGACUAUCUGGUCUUUACAGACGCGGCCCGCUUUGUCGCCAAGGACGGCGGCUCGCCCUACGACCGCGAGACGUACCGGUACACGCCGCUGCUCGCGUGGCUGCUGCUGCCGACGGCGGCCGAGACUGGCGGUGUGCUGGGACAGCAGCUGAUGUUUGCGUCCGGCAAAGUCUUGUUUGCGGCCGCCGAUCUUGUCGCGGGGUGGCUGCUCGAGCGAGUGCUCCGGGAGCAGCUGCGUGUAGCAUCGCCCGCGCAUGCGACGACCGCCCGCAUCUACGCCAGUGUCUGGCUGCUGAAUCCCAUGGUGGCCGCCAUCAGCACCCGCGGCAGCGCUGAAGGACUGCUGGGUGCCCUCGUGGCCGCCCUCUUGUGGGCCGUGCACGUGGCGCGGCAGCCGCUGCUGGCGGGCCUCCUGUUGGGCGCCGGCGUCCACCUCAAGAUCUAUCCCUUCAUCUACGCGCCGGCCAUUGUGUGGUGGAUGGACGCCGACAAUAUGGGGCAGAGUGGGGGGCGGGCGCCGGCCAAAGUGUCCAAGAAGAACAGCAAACAGGUCGACAAGCCUGUGCACCCGAUCCUUGCCUUUGUGACGCCCGCACGGCUGCAGCUCGCCGGUGCCAGUCUGGCCAUCUUUGUCGGGCUCAACCUGGUCAUGUACUCGAUAUAUGGCUUCCCUUUCCUCCAGCACACGUACCUCCACCAUGUCACCCGCAUCGACCACCGUCACAACUUUAGCCCCUACAACACGCAGCUCUACCUGUCGUCCGCGGCGGCGGCAGCCAUCACCGGAGGCGCUGCAAACAGCAUAAUCGCCGCCGCAACGUCGACCACGUCGUGGCUUCCGCCCAUUGAAAGCCUCGCGUUCGCGCCCCAGCUGCUCCUCGCCACCGUCCUCCUGCCCCUCGUCCUCGCCAAAAAGGAUCUCCCCGCCACCCUGCUCGCCCAGACGUUUGCCUUUGUCGCCUUCAACAAGGUCUGCACGAGCCAGUAUUUUCUUUGGUACAUGGUGCUUCUGCCCGUCUAUCUGCCGCAGUCGUCGUUUGUCCAGUCGCCCCGGAAGGGCGUGCUCGCGCUCGUGCUGUGGGUGGCCGGCCAGGCGGCGUGGCUGCAGCAGGGAUUUCUGUUGGAGUUUCUUGGACAGAGCACGUUUGUGCCGGGACUGUGGCUGGCGUCGCUGGGGUUCUUUAUGGUCAACUGCUGGAUCCUGGGCGUGAUAGUGGGCGACGUGGCGGGCGCGUAG